AAAUCAAGUCGCUAAAUGAUGGCCACAGCUCCCGCUGUCCUGCGAGCGUCCGGGCUCUGCCAACGGGGCUCGAGGAGCUGGGCGCUGCUGCCAAGUUCUCCGAAGGUGAGGCCUGGUAGCCCGGUCUCUCCGGCCUCUGCUCGCAGGGUGGCGACGGUGUCCCUGGAGCCUGCGAGCCGCUCCUGCUGGGACAGGCCGGUGAGCAUCAUCGUGAGGGGCCUGGCACCGGAGCAGCGGGUCAUGCUGCGCUCGUCCCUGCGCCGUGACGAGAAGGGCGAGCUGUUCCGGGCCCACGCGCGCUACAGCGCCGAUGCUGGCGGCGAGCUGGACCUGAUGCGCGUGCCAGCCCUGGGCGGCAGCUUUGCGGGGCUUGAGCCCAUGGGGCUCUUCUGGGCUUUGAAGCCCGAGAAGCCCCUCCUUCGGCUGGCGAAGCGGGACGUGCAGACACCCUUCAUCGUGGAGCUGGAGGUGCUCGACGGCCACCAGCCCGAGGAAGGACGUCUCCUGGGCCGGGCGGUGCACCAGCGAGACUUCCUUGCGCCUGGGGUGAGGGGGGUACCGGUGCUCGCGGGCGGGGUGCGCGCCACUCUCUUCCUGCCGCCAGAACCCAGGCCCUUUCCUGGGAUUGUGGACAUUUUUGGAGCUGGAGGUGGCCUUCUGGAAAAUCGAGCUAGUAUGCUGGCUGGGAAGGGUUUUGCCGUGAUGCUUCUGGCUUAUUAUAAUCAUGAAGACCUCCCAAAAGACUUGGAGAACUUCCAUCUGGAGUACUUUGAAGAAGCUGUGAACUACCCGCUUAGUCACCCUCAGGUAAAGGGUCCAGGAGUCGGGCUGCUUGGGAUUUCCAAAGGAGGUGAUCUCUGCCUCUCCAUGGCCUCGUUCCUGAAGGGCAUCACUGCCGCCAUCAUAAUCAAUGGCUCAGGGAUCAAUGUUGUAGGAGACUUACACUACAAAGGCAAGACCCUGCCCGCUGUGGGCGUGCACUUAAAUCGAAUCAAGGUGACCAAAGACGGCCUUGCAGACAUUUUGGAUAUCCUGAACAACCCUUUGGAAGAAUCUGACCAGAAGAGCCUCAUUCCUAUGGAAAGGGCUGAGAGUGCCUUCCUGUUCCUUGUAGGUCAGGAUGACCACAACCGGAGGAGUGAAUUUUAUGCUAAUGAGGCCUCUAAACGCCUGCAGGCCCAUGGCAGGAAGAAGCCCCAGAUCACCUGUUACCCUGCGGCGGGACACUUCAUUGAGCCUCCUUACUUUCCCUUGUGCCGGGCUUCCCUGCACACCUUGGUGGGCAGACCUGUCAUCUGGGGAGGGGAGCUGAGGGCACAUGCCAUGGCCCAGGUGGAUGCUUGGAAGCAGCUCCAGAUUUUCUUCCACAAACACCUGGGUGGGGAAAAGGGGAUAAUCCCACCAAAACUGUAAUCUUUUACUUGA